AACGGUUUUGAUGGCAAUAUUGGGAAUGAACGCAUUUCCUGUCAGAGUCAAAACAGAAUGUCAAAAUUUGUUUCCUCCAUGUUAAGAUUUACUUCUGCUGUUGCAAAAAAUUUUGUGACUCGAUCAUUAUACGAGUACAAUUAAAAAAGUCAUGGUAGACAUAGCGUUACAUCUUACAUCACUACAGUAAUGGAGGAGUCAGAGUAUGAGGAUAUAUUCAACUAUACAAAUUUCCAAGAAUAUCGUAUUGGCUCAAGUGAGAGUCAAAAAAGAAAAAUAAGAAACAGAGUGAAAGAUUUUUGGGUUAAAAAUGGACAACUCUAUUAUAUAAAAGACUCACCUGAUGAAAGACUUGUGAUUACAAAAGACAAAAAGGACAGCAUAAUUAAAUUAUGUCAUGUUGGAACUGGUUGCCAUUUAGGCAGAAACAAGACAAUUAGCAAAAUAACUGACAGCUAUUAUUGGUUAGGUAUUGUUAAAGACGUUACCGAAUUUUUGAAAAAAUGUCCGCAAUGCCAAAAUGAAAACAAAAAGACCACAAAGACUUGUCAGGAAAUAAUACCUGAACCAGUGCCUUGCAAAAGAGAAUGGAAUGAAAUUGGAAUAGAUUUGAUUAGUCCAUUUCUUCAGAGUGACAAAAGACCAUUGUCUUCUGCUGAUUAUAAUUCAUCAGAUGCAAAGAAGAUUAAAAUACCAAAGAUUUAUACAAAAACAGGGGAUAAAGGAACAUCUGCCUUAUACACUGGUGAGAGGAGAUCUAAGGAUGAUAUGAUAUUCAGUGCCUUGGGCACUACAGAUGAAUUGUCUUCAGCUAUAGGGAUUGCAGCAGAAUAUUGUACAGAAACCAAUAUACCAGUCACAGACAGGUUACACGAGGUACAGUGUGCCUUACAAGAUUUAGGGUCCUGUAUAGCUACACCUCAUUCAUCUGCAAGGGAAGCUCAUCUUAGGAAGACCACCUUUAGUGAUAGAUAUGUGGCAGAUUUAGAAAAUUGGAUAGAUGAAUACACUGCAGAGUUACCUCCCCUUACUAACUUUAUCUUGCCAUCCGGAGGAAAAUCAGCCACGCAUAUACACCUAGCAAGAUCUAUCUGUAGACGAGCUGAACGAAGUUUGACACCAUUGAUAAGAGCUGAAGAAAUUGGUCCUGAACCCUUAAAGUAUUUAAACAGGUUAAGUGACUUUUUAUUUACAACAGCCAGAUAUGCUGCCAUGAAGGAAGGAAGAGAAGAAAUUAUUUACAGAAGAAUACAUUCAGAUGAAAAUAAGACAUGAUUAGUUUUAUUGUCAUCAUAUGAUAUCUAUAAUUAUGUAAAUAUGUAAUUGUAUGUGAAUAUAGUAUAUUUAUGGUUUUAUAAAUCAUAUCAUAUUUCUA